UGUUCUUCUCUUUUUUUGUCGAUCACAACCCAAUUUUUUCCGUCUGGCUGGGUGGUGUCCGUCCUAUGUCACGUGACCGGAAUCAAGGAAAGACCAACUCACGGAAGUUUGGAUUUCUUCCGCAAACUUCGAGUGGAAAAGAUCUACACGCAAAGAUGAAUCAGCAGCUGAAGAAGAUCGUCUCAGAGAAGAAGGAUGUUGUUGAAGACAUGAUGGACGUGUUUGAGAAAGGGGCUGAAAUGGUAGCCAGCAUCGCUGGGGAUCUUUUCCCCAUUUUCUCCGUCGCUGCUCCACUUGUCCAACUGGCUCUGGACAACGUGGAGAGCUCCGAGGCUGCGUUCAUGAAGGAUCAGUUUCAGAAGGUCCGGGAUCGUCUGGAUGUGGUCUCAGAGGAGAUUCAGCGCAUCAACGAGGAGAUCAAGAAGAGCAGGAUAGAUACGGAAUUUUUCUCUGUUGAGGAAAACAUCAGAAAUCAAUUCAGGAAGUACAUGGAGAUCCUAAAUGCCAAACCCCAGUUCACAGAAGUCAAGAAACAGAAUUUCCUUAAACACUUUUCCAAAAGUGGUGGAAACAAAAACCUUCACAGCCUUUACAGCGUUGUGGUUGGAGAUGGUUUCUUUGGGGAGCCUUUGCUUGUGACCAUCCUGAACUACGAGGAGAAAAGCAGACGUCCGAUUGAGGAGUACUGCGCCCGGCUAAAGAACCUGUUCUGCAUCGGGAUCAUUGCACUGUUGGGUCACGCUGCAGUGGACGGCUUUAAUGAGGGUGAAGAGCUCCUGAAAGAGUGGGCCGAGAAGAUGACAAACGUCCAGGAGAAGAUAAACGCUGUCGUUGAAGAAUGCAUCGUUAGCUUCCCAAAUCAAGCCAAGACUGACUGUGAACGACUGGUCAGAGACCAGGAGGGUCUGGACAACAAGCAGCUGGCUGAUGCCCUCAUAGGGAUAUUGAAGAAGAAGUACGACUGGGUGGGCUGGUCUGUGCGUGUUUACAAAUCGCAAUCCAGCAUCCUGCCCACCAAGAAGAAAUUUGACUGUCCAACGGGAAAGAGCCGCUUCCAGGUGACCGCGUCAAACGAGAAACUCAACAUCUGGGUGUCCUACAGCGCUUCUCCUGAGCCCUUGGACAAGAACCUCAUCCAGGAGCUUAUCCAGAGUCAGAAGAAACCCACAGUGGAGAACGUAGCUGAAAAUCUCUUUGAGAAACUACCAGGAGACUGCAUGGUUCAUACAGUCAAAUCCAGCAAAGAUCUGGUCUGUUCCUGGAGCUUCACUGACGACCUGCACUACUGGGAGGAGCAUAAAAAUCUGCACGUCUGUGUUCACUCCGCUUAAAGACAAAGAUGAAACAUAAUUCUCUUUCUGUUGUUUAAACUUCACAAGAAAAAUUCACAUUUUAGACAAACACCAGUUACAUUCUUUGGAAUUAUUCUCCUCUGAGAGAAAGAUCACACACACAUCACUGAUUUCCUAAAACUAACGCAUUCCUUUAGGCGACAUGUCAGGACAGACGCUGGCAUGAGCGGCCAUGUAGGGGUUAUAUUGUUUCAGUGUAAUAUGUCGGGAGGGGAGCGGGUUCUGGGACACAGACUCUUGGAGUUCUGCCAGAGAUAAAUGUUUCCUUUAACCCUGGAGCUUUCAAAAUCUCUGUUUUGCUCUUAAGGUUGAAAAUGGUUUUUAACUGAACUGUCACUUUAUUCUUUACUAGUUUAUGGGUCUGUUUGCUUUAAGAUGUUUUGAUCAAAUUACUUAUUAUUAAUCGUUUGUCUUCAUUUGAUUGGAAACAAUAUAUAUAUAUAUAAAUCAUAAGAAUAUUUGCAUGUUAUUUUGUUCAGAUUUUGUUUUAUAAUGCAGGAACUGAAAUAAACACUAAUCCACAUUUGUUUGAAUGUAAUAAUUUUGUUUUUAGGAACAAACUUCCUGUUUCCAGUAAGUGUCUGUGAUUGAUUAUUAAAAAUGAUUUCAAAUAAAAAACGGUUCUGAACUGUA